UCCGGUCGAAGUGAUUUGUACUGUCUUGUACCAGGACAGAGAUCAUAAGCAGCCCAACCCGUCCAAGAAGCACCAUGUUAUACUUAGUUCUGCUCAUAACUAUAUUCUCAAGUGUAUAUUGUACUCCUCCUAAUGUUCUUCUGGUUGUUGUAGAUGAUCUCGGAUGGAGUGACGUCGGAUUCCAUAAUGUAACAUCGAUAAAGACACCAAAUAUCGAUGCAUUAGCAUACGAAGGUGUUAUUCUGGAGAACUACUAUGUGCAGCCUAUUUGUUCGCCUACCAGAAGUGCUCUACUGAGUGGAAGAUACCCUAUACACACUGGUUUGCAACACGGAGUUAUCAAACCCGAUGAGCCGUACGGCCUGCCACUGAACUUGCAACUGCUCCCACAGAUGAUGAAGAAGGCAGGCUACGCCACUCAUAUGGUUGGUAAAUGGCACCUCGGGUUUUUCGAAUGGCCGUAUACUCCCACCUACCGGGGAUUUGACACAUUCUACGGGUUUUACGUUGGUGCUGAAGAUCACUGGACCCACAAGCGAGAGGGGAUACUAGAUCUACGGGAUCAGAAGACGCCGGUGAAAGACAUGAAUAACAAGUACUCUGCUGAAAUAUUCUCAAAGCGAGCAGAAGAGGUGAUUAACAGCCAUAACACAUCAACACCUAUCUUCCUUUAUCUUCCGUUCCAAAAUGUUCACGCGCCAACACAGGCGCCUCAGCGAUUCGUGAAUAAAUAUAAAUAUAUUAAAAACACUAAAAGACGAGAUUAUUCAGCCAUGGUUAGUGCUGUGGACGAGGCGAUAGGUAAUGUGACCAAUGCCUUGAAGAAAAAGGGAUUAUGGGAGAACACAUUGAUGAUUUUUACAACAGACAACGGUGGUAUUCCUUUAGGAGGUGGAUACAACUGGCCUCUCAGAGGACACAAAGCCUCACUUUGGGAGGGAGGGGUGAGAGGGGCAGGAUUUGUUCAUGGAGAGAUGAUAGCCCAGAAGAAGCGCAWUUGUAAAGAGCUUAUCCACGUGACUGACUGGUACCCGACUCUUUUUGCUCWGGCAGGUAUCAAAGGCUCUGCAGUCCCACCUCCACUUGACGGUUUCAAUGUCUGGGAAGCGAUCUCAAACGGAAAGCCCUCUCCAAGGAAAGAAAUCCUUCAUAACAUCGACRUGGCUUYGUCAYCAAUACUUGAUAAAAGUGGUGGYCAUGAAGGGAUUGCUUUACGUGUUGGGGACAUGAAGAUCAUGAUAAAUGUACCCAACUUAACUUGGUUUAAACCACCUGAACUGGAGAAAAAAUGGCCAGGCGGAGAAAAUCAAGAGGAAAAAGAUCAGGGAUUCAAUAAUAUAAUCAAAAUGGCGCUGUACAACAUCACCGCUGACCCUGAGGAACGCACUGAUCUCAGUACCAGACUUCCAGAUGUAGUAACGACCCUAAUGAAACGAGUUGAUUUCUACAUGAAGGGCGUGGUACCAUCCCUUAAGACUGCUCCUGAUAAGAAAGCAAAACAAAUGGCUAAACGGAAUGGUUACUGGGGGCCUUGGAGAGAAUAGAAUUAAUUCGUCUUUGCGYAAUGUUUUCCCAUUUCAGACCACGUGUCAUUCUCUUGAGAUUAAGAUUCUUUGUUUGAGUUGUAUCCACAUUCAUGUGUCUUCUCAUGCGCAACUGUUAAACAAAGAAAUUUUAUUCUAGGGAAUAACACGUGGUUAUGAAAUGGGUAAACAUUACACCAUGAGACGAAUUAGGUGUAUUAGAAGAAUAGCCUGGGUAUUACAAGGGAAACACAUCUGCUGCCUGAACAGAAAUGAAAAAAAAAAA